AUGAGAACCGCCUGCAUUCUGCGGAAGCGUGAAGUGCAGGACAGGCGGCCCUGGAGGGUCUGCUGGCAUGGAAGGGGCUUGGUGCAGCAACAAGGGAUAAGCCACAGCAGCAGAGAGCUGGCCAAGUCACCACUGGUGCCCCCCUCGCAAGGGCGGACAACGGGCCUCGCGCUGAGCACGUCCGCGCUGCUGGAGAGCACGCCCUGCUCCUCGGCCGGACGCGUCCCCACCCAACGCACAGCGACGGGGCCGGCAGCUAAAGGAGGAAGCGAAAAGAUGCUGGAAGAGGCAGCAACGGCAGACUUGGAAAUAACAGAAAUAAACAAGUUAACAGCAGAAGUUAAUCAGACUCCCUUAAAAAGCACCAAGAAAGUGGAGAAAUCUAAACAGGAUAUUGAGGCUAUUGAAGAAGAAGCAGAGCCCCCUUUUCUUCCUCUAGCAAAGAAAGCAAAACAUGAUAGCCAAUGUCUUCCAGAGCCAGAGGCUGAAAACGUGAAUCCAAGAACUGGAAAGGUGAAGACAUCCACUAAAAAAGUGCCAGUGUCCAGGACCAGAAGAGCUCCUUCAGCGAGAGUGAAGCGCCUGAGUAAAAGAUCAAGCAAAAACAACUUUAUCACUCCAGCUACUGGUAGAAUUGUUGAUAUGUCUGCUCAGGGAGGUACCUCCGUGAUCACACACAAAUUUGAUUCCAGAGUUUUCAAGACACCAGGUUUGCGCACACCUGCAAUAAAUGAACGUGUUUACACCAUCUCUGCCAACGGCAGCCCCCUUGCUGACAGCAACGAUAUCUUCAUUACAGUCCCUGUGGGAGGAGGGGAGAGCAUUCGUUUAACAGCAAGUGAUUUGACCAAGAAGAAUCUUCUUCACCUGCAUCCGGAGGCCCAAGGAAUUAUGAAGAAGCUAUCAGUUCGUCUCGCACAAGCUUGCAGCGGUGCAAAAACCUAUAGAUGA